AUGUCUGAAGAAAACCGCCUCAAGGACUUCCAGGAGGCAAAUAAGAUUGUAUUUGACCCCAGCACACGGUCUGUAUGGGAAUCUCAAGAAAAGAACUCGAACGGCGGUGUAUCGAAAGCGGAGGAUGACGAAAGUCAUAGUGCCACAACUUCUGGUAUAGUACCUACGCUUCAAAACAUUGUCGCUACAGUGAACCUAGAUUGUCGACUGGACUUGAAAACAGUAGCAUUGCACGCGAGAAAUGCAGAGUACAAUCCAAAGCGGUUUGCAGCUGUGAUUAUGCGUAUUAGAGAACCGAAGACCACAGCACUUAUAUUUGCGUCCGGUAAGAUGGUAGUUAUCGGUGCAAAGUCCGAGGACGACUCAAAAUUGGCAAGCAGAAAGUACGCACGGAUUAUACAAAAAAUCGGAUUUAGUGCCAAAUUUACCGACUUCAAAAUCCAGAAUAUUGUUGGCUCGUGUGAUGUGAAGUUUCCUAUCCGUCUCGAAGGUCUGGCUUUCUCGCAUGGUACUUUCUCUUCAUAUGAACCAGAACUGUUUCCAGGUCUUAUCUAUAGAAUGGUUAAGCCCAAGAUUGUGCUGCUGAUUUUCGUUUCUGGGAAAAUCGUGCUCACCGGUGCAAAGCAAAGAGAGGAGAUUUAUCAGGCGUUUGAAGCCAUUUACCCCGUGUUGAGUGAAUUCCGCAAAUUGUAA